AUGUUUGUUCAUGGUGCAAUCAAACCCUUUAAGCCUUAUAAAGUCCCUACCAUAGAGGAAAAUGGUGAUCCUAGGUACUGUCGUUAUCAUCAGUUUGUGGGUCAUCCAAUCAUCGCUUGUCAAACUUUGAGGAAGAUCUUGCACGCCAAGAUACAUGAUGGAACUCUUGAGCUACCCUUUAAAAGACAAGCCAUUGACGAAGACCCCAUGUUGAAAUGA